GCAGGCGGCCAGUGCUUCCGGGUGGCGGUCAUCUUGAGCCCGCGGCUGGGUGACUUCUCGGCGGACGCGUCGCGGCCCGCACCCCGCCCCCACCCGCGCCGUGCUGGUCGCGGGCCUCGCGGCGCCUUUCCCCUCCCCGUCCGGGCUGCUCUGCGCCCUCGGGCCGCGCUGCUCGCCGCGCCGUCGCAGGAAAGAUGAAUGGGAGGGCUGAUUUCCGAGAGCCGAAUGCAGAAGUUCCAAGACCAAUUCCCCACAUUGGGGCUGACUACAUUCCAACAGAAGAAGAAAGAAGAGUCUUUGCAGAAUGCAAUGAUGAAAGCUUCUGGUUCAGGUCUGUUCCUUUGGCUGCAACAAGUAUGUUAAUUACUCAAGGAUUAAUCAGUAAAGGAAUCCUGUCAAGUCAUCCCAAGUAUGGUUCUAUCCCUAAACUUAUAUUUGCUUGUAUCAUGGGAUACUUUGCUGGAAAACUUUCUUAUGUGAAAACUUGCCAAGAGAAGUUCAAGAAUCUUGAGAAUUCCCCUCUUGGAGAAGCCUUACGAUCUGGACAAUCACGUCGAUCUUUACCAUCUGGGCACUAUUCUCAGAGGUCAAAAUAUGACUCAAAUGUGAGUGGUCACUCAUCCUUUGGGUCAUCCCCAGCAGCAGACAACAUAGAGCAGGAGAUGCUUCCUCGUUAUGAGCCAAUUCCGUUUAGUGCUUCUAUGAAUGAAUCUACUCCCACUGGUAUUAGUGAUCAUAUUGCCCAAGGACCUGAUCCCAUUCCUGAAGAAAGCCCCAAAAGAAAAAAUAUUACAUAUGAGGAAUUAAGGAAUAAGAACAGAGAGUCAUAUGAAGUAACUUUAACACAUAAGACUGACCCCUCAGUCAGGCCUAUGCAGGAAAGAAUGCCCAAAAAAGAAGUCAAAGUAAACAAAUACGGAGAUACUUGGGAUGAGUGAAAAAUUGCAUCAUUGGAUCUACUGAAGGAGUUUCACUGUCCAGCUUCAUCUAGGUGGUCAUGAAUAUCUGCAUGCUUUGAACUCAGCAGCAGUCUUCAUAAACACAUUCAAAACAAGAACCUGGGUUUUUGUGGUUUGGCUUACUGUGAUGCUUUUUAAAAAGAU